AUGCCAGGUUUUUCACAGCUGAUUAUCAACACGUAUCUGAAUUCAGUUAAAAAAACUUAUAAAAAUCUCAAGGACUUAUCCAGUGAGCAAUACUUAGCAUUGAUUAACAAAUUAUGUUCUACUUUGGAUAAUCUUGAUGAUGAGUCAUCGAAUACAACGAUUUCAACAGAUGUCAGCAGUGACCAUGAGGUUUCUUCUCAUCCGUUAUUCAUGAGAAUUCUUGAUCAAAAUGACCUAUUGUUGAAAACAUUAUGUUCUCAACAUUCUCAAUCGGUUGUUAUAAAAUCUCAUGAUUCGUCGUCAUCUUCCCAAUUUCAAACAGUCUCAACAACAAAUGCAAGUCCUUUGCCACCUUUCGAACAUAUUUCAUCGCAACUUCAGACUACCAUGCCGCUAAAACAAUUACCAUUGUUAUCUAGUCGUGCUUCCACAAAAGCAUCAUCAUUAAAUCAACAUAAUCUAUUAGUUUCUCCUUCAUCAGACAGUCAAAAUACUCAAUCACAACCUGCAUCCCAGUUGGAUGCACAGUUGAAUUCUACUCCUCCUUCAACACCUGUCUUCAUAACAGGCAGCAGUAUCAUCCAAAAUUUAGAACAAGGUGUAUCAACAUUUAAUGGUACUAAUUUUAAUGUUAAAGUUCGAACAAAACCUGGUUAUUCAAUUUUGGACAUGAUACAAUCUAUUCAAAUGAAUAGUCGAUAG